AGAACAUUAGGAAGAUCAGUGCGUGUGCAUGAGACGAAGAUCGAUAUGAUCUCAGGCAAGAAUGUGUACGAGGUGCUCUCGGCGCUGGUCCCGCUGUACAUGGCCAUGUUCCUUGCCUACGGGUCGGUUCAGUGGUGGGGAGUGUUCACGCCAAUGCAGUGUGCUGGGAUCAACCGCUAUGUGGCCACGUUCGCUGUCCCAGUCCUCGGCUUUAAUUUCAUCGCUAGCUCAAACCUCUAUGAGAUCAACUACAAAUUCAUCGCUGCCGACACCCUCCAGAAGGUAGUCAUCCUCCUUGCCCUUGGAGUAUGGUCCAUGAUUGUCUCGGCCAAGCCCAUCGGAGGAGGACGCUUCGGCCCCGAGUGGUCCAUCACCCUCUUCUCCCUGUCCUCCCUCCCAAACACACUCAUCAUCGGCAUCCCCCUCCUCGAAGCAAUGUAUGGCAAGCCUGCCGGCAUUCUCAUGGUCCAGGUGAUCGUCUUUCAGAGCGUCAUCUGGUAUAACCUCCUUCUGCUCCUGUUCGAGUACCGGGCAGCCAAAAUUCUCAUCAACGAGCGUUUCCCUGGCUCUGUCGGUGAGAUUACCUCGAUCAGAGUUGACUCGGACGUCAUCUCCCUUAGUGGCAUUGAACCCCUGGAGACGGAUGCUGAGAGGGACGUUGAUGGCAGGUUUCAUGUCCGGGUGAGGCGGUCUCCAUUUGCUUCCUCAAACAACAACUCGUUUCGGUUAUCUUCAAUCAGGAGCGACACCACGCGAGCGUCAAAUCUCAGUGGGGUCGAGAUCUACUCAGUACAAUCUUCUCCAGUGGGAUCAAUCUCGAGCUUCCACUAUGCAGGCAGAGAGCCGGUGAGCGGGGUGCCUAUAAAUCCAAUGUUUUUAUGGAGCGGCACUCAAGGACUAGCUGGAGGAUCGGUUAGGAAGCAUGAGACGGAGGUGCCGCCUUAUAUCAGUGGGGCCGGUGGGGCAAUCGGACAUCCGGGGACCUCCUCCAAUGCCUUGGCUGCUCACGAGCCUAGGCCGUUACUGGUGCAUCCUACGGUUAAUGGUUCAUUUGGCGGCUGUGACAACUUCGUCAGGAGCCAUUCUUCCUCUGAUUUCGAUCUUCAACGUCUGGAAGAAUUUGGGUCGAAAGGACGAAACUACUUGAUCGAGAAGUGGGAGGAAAGAUCAAAUUAUGAGGGGAGUGUGAGAGGAUCUCGGAAAGUAAUCGAUGGAGGAGAAGACGGGGAAGGCGGAGGAGAGGCUAGGUUACAACCACCGAUCAAGCAAGAAAUGCCACCGAUGAUUGUCAUGAUGAAGCUUAUCCUCCUUAUGGUAUGGAGGAAGCUCAUCCGGAACCCUAACACCUACGCCAGUAUCCUUGGUGUAAUCUGGUCCCUCGUCUCCAACAAAUUCCAUGUGAAAAUGCCUAAAAUCGUCAAGGGAUGCAUAACCAUAAUCUCGGACACGGGCCUCGGCAUGGCUGUGUUCAGUCUUGGUUUAUUCACGGCAUUGCAGCCAAAGAUCAUUGCAUCUGGGAAAUUAACGGCGGUGCUGUCAAUGGCGGUGAAGUUCUUGCUCGGACCGGCAGUGAUGGCCAUUACCUCCGCCGCCAUCGGCAUUCGUGGGAAACUUCUCCGCGUCUCUAUUAUCCAGGCUGCUCUUCCAUUAGGUUUGGUCCCCUUCGUAUUCGCCAAGGAAUACGACCUCCAUCCCGACAUAAUGAGUACCUCGGUGAUCUUUGGAAUGAUCGCUGCGUUGCCCGUUACAAUAAUCUAUCAUGUCCUCCUUGAGCUCUAGCAUAGUAUAUAGAAGAUGGAAAUGACAUUUAGCAGAGUGAAUCAAAUAAAAGUUGAUCUUUAAUUGUAGCUAGAAAUGUUGCCUGCGGCAAGUUAAAUAGAAAAGAGA